AUGCCAAAAUCGAAAGCAAUGUUCGUGAAUGUGAUUAAGCGAAUGAAACAGUUGUAUCCUGAUAAAGCUGGCAUUAUUUACUGUCUGUCUAGGAAGGAAUGUGAACGUGUGCGUGCAACGUUGAACCAUUUUGGAAUAUUGGCUGAAGCCUAUCAUGCUGGACUUCCUGAUACAGUAAGAGUUCAG